AUGGUGGAGGGUGAGGUUGUUGGUCAUGGGGAAGUUAAAAGAGAAAUGGGAUAUGGUGAGGGUGAAGACCAAGGUCAUGAUGUACAAGAUGCUAAGGUCCAUGAUGUACAAGAUGAUGAGGUCCAUGAUGUAGAGGAGGCUGAGGUACAUGAGGUACAUGAUUUUGAGCUUGAGGAUUUAGGAGAGGAUGAUGAUGUAGACGAGAGUGAGGAUGAGGAUGUACAUGAGGCUGAGGAUGUAGAUGUAGAUGAUGCUAAAGAAGUAGAUGAGGAUGUUGAUGAGGAUGUUGAAUGUGAGUAUGUCAGUGAAGAAAGUCUAGUUAAUGUUAGCAUUCAGUGUGGCAUUGAGACUUCUAAAGGAAAUGUGAGAGCAAAACCUUCCACUCUAGUAGAUGAGUGUUCACGGACAACUGAUAAUGAUUCCAUUGAUGAUGUCCGCGACUUGUCUGACAUUGAGUGGCUGUCAAAGGAGUUGAAUAGUGGAACAGAUAGUGAGGACAAUGAUGAUUCCAUUAAGAUCAAUUUUCCCACUUUUAGUAUGCCUAAAAGUUUGGGAGAUUAUAAGUGGGAAGUAGGAACCUAUUUCGCUGAGAAAAAGAAUUCACAGAUGAAUAAGGACUUAUUCACUGAGUAA